UAACCUGGAUAAAGCGUCAGGUCUCAUUAUCAGCAUGAGAUUGUCUGUAAAAUAGGAAACUAAAGCGAAAACAUUCUGGUAGUUUGAGGGAAUUUCUCUAGCGCAUUGUGGACAAAAAUAGACUAAGAUCGGGGUAAUCCGUUCAAUCUGGCAACUCAGAUCAGGCUGCAGCACUGAGAGCGCAGAGAGACGAAGCUGCUGCUUCUGUAAAGACAGAUAAGAUUUAAGGAGACCAAACAAAGCCUAAAACAGGCACUGCUAUGUUGAAAUAAAUUAGAUAUGACUGAUGUGGAGGCGACUUAUGAAGACUUCAUAGCCUCCGGAAGGACGGGAAGAAGGAAUGCGGUACAUGAUAUUCUGGGGGAAUCGGGAGGGCUGGACGUCAGUGGACUCUCGCAGACGCUUUCUGAGCUCAACGUCAACAAAACAGAUGAAGGGAACAAUGGAGAGAAAAGCUCGAGCUCUUCAGACCCCGGUCCCAAACCUGAGAAGAGCGAGGCGGAGGGGACGUAACGACCGUCUUCAUCAGUACCAUCAUCCUGUGGCUAUUUGAGGACCUGGACAUGGACAGGCGGACACGGCGACGCCCUCUACUGGUCUGCCCUGGACUCGGCCGAGGCUCUGCCUUCACCGUGUUCAGACAAAAAGGCUGGAAUUGUAGCUUCAUCACCGGAUGAUGCGUUAAUCACUUCAGUACCAUAACUGAUGUACUGUAGGCACUCCGUCAGCUAAUCACCGUCGAUCGUUAGCUGUUGAAACGGAGCUGAACCUAUCAGCUCCUCCACCGCAGAGCUGCUCAAGACGUAGCUGGAGAUCUGUAGGAUCUUCUCAGAUCUUCUCACCAUUUGACUUUCCGUCACAGAGACAUGGAAAGAGACAUUCUUUUGAUCCACUGCCACGUUAGCCAUGCUAAUAUAUUUCAGUGUUCUUAAUUCGUACAAGUUGUAGUGUUGUCGUAACGGCUUACGUAUUUUAUAUUUAAAUAUCCGUUCUGUAUUUUAAUUAGGUUUCGGUUUUCGGCUCGACAGUUCAGCUGAUGUUCUUAUGGAAUACAUGAAGAAAUGAAGUUUUUACGCGUAACAUAGACACCGCGCCUUGGCUGUUAAAAGGACGAGUUAAAUGUCACUGAAAGCGGUUUAAAAAACGAUGCAUGACGUCUAAAUAUAUUUCAUCUAUUCAGAGAAAACGCACGUACAAAAUAUGCAGCCGUGUAAAAGUGAGCUAACGUCCGUGGUAUUUUUCACUCUCGUUAAUUUUAUAUAUAUAUAUAUAUAUAUUCGAUUUAAAAAAAAAAAAGCAAAAAAUAGAAAGAAUUAAAUAAAAAAAAUUAUAAUAAUAAAUCUUUUUUUUCUCAACACUGCCCUGUAUUUAUUUAUUUAUUUAUUUAUUUAUUUAUUUUUAUCUCGAUUUGAUCGAUUUUUAAUGCGUAUAUCUUCCACAUUUGUUCACUUUAUUGCUGUGUGACAUUUUUCGCUAAUAAACAUUAUAGGAUGAUGUUUUCGUCACCGUUGAUGUAUUUUUCUUGACUUCUUUCUUGUGUCACAGAGAAAUAGCACCAACAACUUUGUUUCUGUACAGUUUUCUGUAUUUU